GGUGGAUUUUUCAAGACACAGACAGAUCAUAUUUGUAUUGUUGUAGUGAAUAAUGAAAUUUUGUUUUUUUCUUUUGUGUUCAUGUCUUGCCGCACCCUAUGUAUAUUCAGCGAUGACAGAGAAACAGUUAAAUGCUGCUAAGAAGCUCAUGCGGAACACUUGCCAGAAUAAAGCCAAACCAACAAGUGAACAAAUAGACGCUAUGCAAAAAGGAGACUUUAAUGGUGACAGAAAUGCUCAGUGCUACCUUCUUUGCAUACUGAGCACUUACAAAUUGUUAACUAAAGAAAAUACGUUCGACUGGGAAAAUGGUAUCAAAGCUCUUGCUGCAAAUGCUCCUGCCAGCGUUGCUGGCCCAGGUAGUGCCACCCUCAAGAAUUGUAAAGAUGCUGUAAAAACACCCAGUGAUAGAUGUGUGGCUUCUAUGGAAAUUGCGAAGUGUAUAUACGAUGACAAUCCCUCAAACUAUUUCCUACCAUGAGAUGUUUACCUAAACAAUAUAGACCUAAAAUAGUAAUAAUUGUUUUUUUAUUAUUUUUAUGGUGUCACUUAAA